AUGAAAUCGCAGCAGCGAAAGCCACAGAACGACAUUGACUCGGCAGCAAAGCUGAUUUAUUUCACACACUACAACAGAGACGCAAAGUUUUUCUGCAACACGGCUGCACACAACACAGUAACAUCAUCCAGCACAACAACAUCAUCCAGCACAGUAACAUCAUCCAGCACAGCAACUUCAUCUAGCAUAACAACAUCAUCCAGCAAAGUAACAUCAUCCAGCAAAACAUCACCCAGCACAUCAUCACCCAGCAUAGAAAUAUCACCCAGCGCAACAUCACCCAGUGCAACAUCACCCAACACAACAUCACCCAGCACAAGUCCCUCAGUCCUAAGCAACACUCAGUACAGCAACAUCACCCAGCACAACAUCACCCAGCACAACAUCACCCAGCACAACAUCACCCAGCACAACAUCACCCAACGCAACAUCACCCAGCACAACACCACCCAGCACAACAUCACCCAACACAACAUCACCCAGCACAACAUCACCCAACACAGCAACAUCACCCAGCACAACAUCACCCAGCACAACAUCACCCAGCACAGCAACACCCAGCACAACAUCACCCAGCACAACACCACCCAGCCCAACAUCACCCAGCAUAACAUCACCCAGCACAACAACAUCACCCAGCCCAACAUCACCCAGCACAACAUCACCCAUCACAACAUCACCCAGCACAACAUCUCCAGCACAACAUCACCCAGCACAACAUCACCCAGCACAUAA